CUAGCUUCACACAGCACAACCGACGAGCCACCUACACUUCAAUUUCAAGAUACGCUUCCAAAUUUGCGAAAGGAAAAAUUCUCGAAACAAAUUGUUUUAGAGAUAGCUAAACUAUGACAGUUUUAACUGGGUCUCACGACACAACGGUGUGAUUUGUAGCCUAAAAAGCCUGCUCCUGUAAGUAUGUGUUUUGACUUAUUACGACGUCGUACUAGACUAUCUUUUUGCAUGUUGUUUAUUAUUUUCUUGAACGUCAGCUGUGUCGUGCGAGAAGAGAGUAUCCGAUUAAAUCGAGAAACAGUGUUUUCAUAUCCCAGCAGGGAAUAUUGUGAAAAUAGUGUCUAAGGUGAUUUGUCAUGUGUGUAAGUAAUCUCUCUGUUUGCAGGAACCAGGACAUUUAGCUAUGGGGAAUACAUCAUCAAGGAGUUAUUUCCCAGGAAUCAAAAUGCAACCUGCAAAAACGACUCUGUUCAAACAGGAGCAAACUGGGACGACAUACAGAAUCCCAGCUCUCAUCUACCUAAAAGAGAGUCAGACAUUCCUCGCCUUUGCAGAAAAGCGCUCUUCCCCCAGUGACAGUGAUGCAAAAAGUAUUGUUAUGAGAAGAGGAACUCAACAAAAUGGAUCCACUCAGGUAAAUGUCCCCUCGAAAUCUAAACACAUCAUAGUCAUAAUGCACAGUUGGUUUUCAUGUUUGAUUUAGUUCUGAAUGUUAAAUUGCGUCAUUCGAAUCUGGUAUCAGAAUAGAGUUUAACACUAAGUCACUGAAUAUAUUUUCAGCCUUUUAUUAGUAUAAUUAGUCAAUGGUAAAUGCAAUCUUCGUAAAUACGGGCUCACUGUAUCACCUCACAGGGCAAACAGAGAACUAAUUGUCCCAACCCAAAGUUCUUCUUUUGAUACUCUGACAGAGAUAGUUCCUGCUCCAGGCAGGCCUAUCAGAGUAGAGGCUGAGCGUGGUUUAAACUUACUCAGCCUAUCGUUGGUGCACAGGCUGGUCCCAGACCCUUGGCGCAUCACACUUUCGGGCAUUAGUUGUUUUGCAACUUGUCUAGAGAGUCAGCAACCACAGACAUAGUUUCUUCAGGUUUCAGUACUUUUCUACUCUAACAGUUCCUCACGUACACAUGUCCUUGAGCGGUUUCACUACCUGGCAGAGUGUGUGUCACGAGUCUAACUCAGCCGGUCCCUUACAUUAGUCACAACUGGUUAUGUUACACAAUCUAUGUCAGCACAGCACAAACCUAUUAUGUCUUUUUUAAGCUAGGCAUCACAUCUAGUUGUAAGAGAAUAGAUCCCCACAGGUUUUCAUGUUUAAUUUAGUUGAGUUACAUUCUUCUUACAGUAUUUACUUAUUGAUGAUUGUUUCAAUACUUUUCCAUUGUUCCCCAGUGGUCAGAAUCCCUGGAGCUGUUAUCAGCAUGUUUACCACACCAUCGCACUAUGAACCCCUGCCCGGUUUAUGAAAAUAAUACCAAGACUAUAUUCCUCUUUUUCAUCUGCAUUUUGGGGAACACUACAGAGCACCAUCAGAUCUGUACAGGCAAGAAUAAGGCCCACCUGUGUUACAUCACCAGUAAUGAUGAGGGCCAGAGCUGGAGCCAGACAAUUGAUUUGACAGAGAGUGUGAUUGGCAAAACAGUCAGGAAGUGGGCUACAUUUGCUGUGGGACCAGGCCAUGGCAUUCAAAUGGAGAGUGGAAGAUUGAUCAUUCCUGCCUAUGCCUAUUAUAUCCAAUUCAAAUGCUUCUCCUUCCCUUUCCCCUUCACGGUACAGCCUCACGCUCUCUCAAUAUACAGUGACGACUUCGGUCAGACAUGGCAAAUGGGCAGGAUGCUUCAAGGAAAGUCCUGUGAAUGUGAGAUGGCAGAGAUCAUAGACCAUGAGGGCAGCAGUCACCUCUACUGCAACGCCCGCCAUAGAGGCCACAGAGUGGAAGCUUUGAGUGAGAGCAGUGGGGUUUACUUUGACAAGCCCCGCUUGGCUCCAAGGUUAGUGGAGCCGUGCAAUGGUGGUUGCCAAGGCAGUGUGAUUGGCUUCCCUGCCCCUGAGCAAGGUGAAGAGGGCGUGGGUGGUACCACAUCAUCACCACUGGCCUCAGACACGCAAACCUGGCUACUCUUCACCCACCCGACCAAUAAGAGGAAGAGGAAAGACUUGGGGGUGUAUUUGAACCGUUCCCCACUGCACACGUCAUGUUGGGACCGGCCCUGGAUCGUCCACAGUGGACCCAGUGGCUACUCAGACCUGGCCUACAGUGAGGACACUGAGCACUUUGCUUGCCUGAUGGAAUGUGGGGAGAAUAGUGAGCUUGAACAGAUUGCCUUUGUGUCUUUUCCCCUAAGUGAUGUCAUGCAGACCAUUGACGUGAAAGAAAAGACCUUCUAGUUUGUUGUUGGGUUUUUAUUUCAGUACUUCACUCCAAUUCCAAUCAGAUUCAGUGGUCAGUAGAUGCACAAUAUCAUCUUUAUCCUCUAUUGAUAUAAAAAGCAGUCUGAAAAUAAUGAAAUAUAUAUCAGUUGUUUUGUGUAAAAAAGGCAACUGACACUACAACUUCUUGAAAUACAAUCAUAGUUAAAUCAAAUGUAAUAUAAUCUGUAGGUGUGAUCAUUUUAUGAAGUCUGACUAUAUGGACUGCAGUGCAUGCUGUCGUGGGAUGCUCAUCUCUAAGCAGUGGUCUAUUUAAAUGGCAUACCUUUGUUACUUGCAGUUCUACAAUGUAACUCACCUCUACAUUGAGUCAUGGUUUCUGCUCGU